UAUGUAUUCAAACAGACAGAGUGGAAACACAUCGCCUUUGCAGGUGAUCUCUACGAUGAGUCGGUGCAAUAUGGAAACAUAGAGGAACGCAAGAGAGAAGGCACCGUCAACAUAUGGUCCGCGAACGAGGAUAACGUAAAUCUUGGGAGAAUCGACGACAAUGACGAAUCUCUUCAGGAUGUGCCGAAAAAACGUGUCAGAAUUCGAGUGCCCGUGGUGCGUAGCAGAAGUGCUAGGCAACACAAGCUUACAAUCGUCAGACGUAGACCCUUAUCAUCUCAUACAAAAGAUCUCACGAUUGUAACACCUACCGAACAUGCUCCACGAAGAAUCGUGGUGACGCGCGUCAGGACUCUCGAGUCGGACAAAUCGAUCUAUCCAACUGAUACUCUAGACUCCGUCGACCAUCAAUCUACCGGAAAGCAUAAAGUGACUAUAACAAGACGCAGAAAGCUUCAAUCCACGAUAUCGAAGUCAGCCAAGGACAAAGUUAGAGUUACCAGGAAGAAGCUAGUUGCGGUGCGACCGAUUCUACCGACGUCUACUGUUGCCAUUAUCACUACUGGAUUCUUUACCGCCCCUUCCUCCGAAUAUGACGAUGAAUAUUCAGACGAGGAAGAUGAGAACGAAUACACGACCAUCAAAGAGGAAGAUCAUAUUGUCAUUACGCCCAGUCUUGAAGAAACGCCAAAUCUUAUUGACAAUAAGCCGGGCGAGGAAAUGAAUCUUGCGUCGUUGGAAGCUAGUUUAACAGGAUCUAAAGAAAGCACGUCAGACACGCCAAUCAUUAUUACUGACAAUUUCUUUUUCCCUCCGUCUGAUGACGAGCAAGAUGAAGAAUACGAUGAUGAAGAAUACGAUGAUGAUUAUUUUGACGUGACUACUACAACUGAAAACGUGGAUAACAUUUUAAAAGAUGAGCAUUCCACAACUGAAGUAAUUUCUGUAAAGGAUGAAAAUAAUGUCAUGUCUAAUGGGAGCGAUAUUGAGACAAAGCAAGAUAAUAUUACAAUACCAAUCAAUCAAAUCACGUCAGAAAAGUCGUCCCAGGAACAAUCAGUGAAGAUGAUUGAAGAAUCCGAUAACAUAACAGAGUUUAUCGAUACCUCUUUAGAAGAUGAUAAUAUUACCUCAAACGCAUCUACUAUCGUAUUAAAUGAAGAUGUACCAACUACUGAAUUUGUUCCUAUAGAAAAAGAUGAUGACGAUAACACUGCAACGAAAGAGUACACGACUACUGCCAAUCCUGAAGAGCAAACUACUUUCAUAGAUGACGUCACUGCAUUAAACCUGCCUGAAACCACCGAAUCUACGACCCUUUCUGAUGACGAAGAUACUACAAACAUACCUAACACGACCGAAGUACAUGAUUCAUCUGUCACUGAGGUGAUAAUGCUCGAUGCAAAAGAAGAGACUCAAGAAUCUUCCGAAGAUACCGGGCGCGAUAUGAUACCGGAAACGGUCAGCGAAAUCCCGGAAGAGCUGCUAAGAGUACGACCCAUACAAUCGGACAGUAAAAUUGAUUCCAUUUCAACCCAGAGUUCUCUAGUCGAGACCGUCUUUUCGUCCAAUGUCACAUUCGCGUCGAGCUUCGAGAGUGUUAUACCACUCGCGACUACGAAAUUACCGACGAAUUAUUCCUCCGACUCGUACGUACCCAGCGUGAUACCCCUCAGCGCGAGUUACGGUAGCGAAACGAAAUCGUCGAUUCGCAAAACCCCCGUACUUGACACAAUUCCCGUGACAAAAGUCACGACCAAGAUCGCGUCGCCCACGCCAGAGGAGAUCGAAGCCGGAUUAACGGACGAUCUCUACCUGUCGCUGUCCCGCCUCGAUUUCCCCGAGAUCCUGCCGUCGAAACCAGCCACGAUCGGCUUGGAAACCAAAUCUACGGAUCUCACGUUAGAGCCAAGCACGAGUGUUUACUAUACGGAGACGGUAGUGACGUCGACGCGACUAAGGACGUACACGUACGUCGUGACGCAACAGAACGGACUGGAGACUAAAGUGACGUCGUCGACGACCGUACGACCGAGAGUGACGACACUUACGUUGACGGUGCCCGUCACGGUGACUGUCACUCCUACCGUGGAGUCGUCAGCCGACUUCGUAUCGUCUGUGUAUAAUCCAGUACCCAUCGCCGGAGAAUAUGAGGCGAAGGACGAGGAGGAAGGACGCAGGUUCAACCUAGCAACCCGCGUAAUGUCGAACGGCGUGGAAGUCAUCGUCGCGGGACCUACUCCGGCUUUGCGAUGGGAGAACUCGAAUCCUCAACCUACCCUCACCUUGUCAGACGCGGUGGUCAUGCUCCUGCCGCAGGAUAAGCCGAACGAGUUUGUCACGAAGACUUGCACAACAACUUUCACGUAUCUCAGCACGAUCACCAAGGAUGGAACGACUACCGUCACUACAGAGCAGCAGGUUGUAGCGAACACGGCGACGGAGGAACGACAUAGAAAACCUGGCUCCGAAACAGCAGCUGUGACUCUGGAAGCAUCCCCGACUCUACGUACCGAAGUAUUUAAAACGACUUACACGUACCUGACCUUGAACACGGAUCAUCCCGACGUGAAUGACGCUUUGGAAAGUAGCACGAAAGUUAUUACAAACACGGUUACCGCACCGCAGCAUUACCUAGACAUGAUUCUCGAGCCAUCAGAGGCUCCGCGACCGGAAACAAAUACAUAUCUCAGUACCAGAGUGUUGGAAAAGACAUUUAUGGAAGAAGGUCGAACGCAAAUAGAAACGGUCAGCGACACGAUUACCCAGCUGAUUGUAACAGAAUCAGCACCUCCGCCACGACCAACUAGUGUCACAACUACCUUGACUGCCUUGGACAACACUGACGAUAGCGUGACAGAUAUAACAAAGACAUAUUACAUCACGUAUACGUAUUUCAAUACAUUCUUGGAAAAGGGUAGCACGGUAGUUCGUACGAACGUAGCCACAUCGACUGAUGUGGUAUUAGAAAAAGUGCCGGUGCGAAAAACCACCAUGAAAACCGCCCCGAUUAAUCCUACGCAGGAACCUAUACAGAUCUUUGCUACUAAAACAUAUCUUACAACCUUUACUUAUUUUACGACGUUGCUGCAGGCUGGCCCAGAUGGAGAAACGUCAACCACCGUGACGUCUCGUUCGCACAUCGUUGAGAAUGUCGUAACAGAAUCGAUAGCGCCGAGUUUGUUAGAUGCCGAUUACAUGAAUGCCCUAUUGACGACUGCACAUCAUUCCGAUCCGGUGAAAAAUGUCGUCACGGGUUCGACAAUUAUCUUUUUCGACGAGGAGGAUCAGAUUGAUCCGACAGCAACCUCAAAUCUCCCAGAAUCAACCUCUUUUACGGAAAUAAAAAAACAUGAAAACAGUGUCACGAGCACGACUGUAAUGUCGACGAAUACAGUGUCGCAGAAUGUUAGUUCUGACAUAAAACCAAUGGAUUCAAAUAAUAAACAGGAUAAUAAUAGCACGCUAUCAACUGACGAGCCACAAAACAAACGUCCCAAUUCUCAAGGGGAAGAUCUUCAAGUCAGUAAUCUUCUCAGUCUGGGUUCUUUAGGAAUAAACAGCUUGUCUGCCUUGGGACCGGUGAUUACGGCGAUGGCUGGAUUGCUGCAGGGAAAAAGCACCGCCUCUCGUAGAAACGAUACAGUGUCUAUCGCCGAAACGGCACAAGAAGUCACAACACAACGAUCACCGAUUUAUAUUCCCGUUGCAGAAUUUGCUGACGGUGAUAUAGAAACCGCUGAAAGUCAGCAUAUCGCUGCUCAUCUGGCAAAUCUCAAUCACAAUUACAUCGCCGAAACGCGUCACAAGGUAACCAGCAGUCUUGCCGAUGGUAUACCGAUAUCUCCGGGCGAAAUAAUCACGGCAAACAGCGAUGUUAUAAUCGGAAAACCGGGCAAAAUGGCACCGAGAUUGCCGCAAACAUUUUUAAAAGACGAAAAGCACAUCGGCAUGAAACCUCCGCCUUUACCGGUACCGAAUAUUCCGGUGCAUCCUGUAUUGGAAGUCCUGGAAAACGAUGGCGAUGAUGUGCAAACUCAACAAACCGCGCAAGGUCCACAGAUACAGAUCUUGCCGGCUCAUCAGAUUUAUGAGGAACAUUUAAAAGUGCCGGUUUCAAUUCCUCUUGAUAUUCCGAAUCAUCCAACAGUUCCUAAACAAUCUCAAAAAUUACUUCCCGUUCAAUCGAUACCUAAAAGAAUUAUUUCGAAACAAGAUAUUUUGGAAAACGAUCCUUUGCUAAAGCCGCCUGAUAGACCGAAUGUAGAACAAUACGCGAAUCCCAAUGUAAAUCUUAAAAUUCCGGAAUGGAAUCCGGAAAAAUAUAGAAGACCUUGGAGUGCCAAAGAUCCUUUAACACCGCCCUUAUCACCUGCCAGAUUUGAUGAGAUUCAUCCGGACAAACCAAAUGAGAAACCUCGUCCGACUAUGUUAUCUUCGGAAGAACAGAAACGACCGCCGUGGGCACAAAAAGAUCCUUUAUUACCAGAUACUUCUGUUAUUAUACAGAGCUCAGAACCAAAGCCGAUACCUACCGAGCCGAUAGUUCAUCAAGUCCCGCAUGUCAUUGAUAGAUCAACGGGGCAACCUCUAUUGGUCAAUAUUCAACCCAGUCAAGUAGCUAACGUCGUGAUUCCUCAGGGUGGCACGCAAGCUCUGAUUUUUGGAGACACUAAUGAACCUCAUAUAAGUGGCCAAUAUUUUGAUGAUCCUUCACCUUAUCCGGAACCUGAAGUUGGGCCAGGUUUCGUUGGUAUUCAGAAAGUCGAGGAUUUAGUACAAUAUUCAAACGAGAAAGAUCCAGCUGAUUAUAUGGUUCCUCCGUCACCACCUACUAAUUUCAAGCCUACUUCUUCAAAACCAGGCUUUUCCGGUCAUUCGCACGCUGUCCUGUUGUCACCCGUGCGCGGAAGACCGCAAGAAGUGCCAGAUGCGCCUGUAAUACGACCCGAUAAAAGACCAUCAGAAGUUCACUUCAUUAAACGUCCUGACGGAUCCGGAACUUCCAGUCAGGGACACGUUCAUACAGAAAUUCUUGUCCAUCACAAACCAGAGACAGUAAAUAUUCGACCGCAACCUGCUCCUCAUUCUAUCCAUUCUCAUGUGCAUCAACCGCCAGUGCGUGGUUAUUUCUCGAAUAGUCAGAAUCCGGUAGAAUCAGUUCCACCGAGACGCGUAGAGGUCUCGACCGAAGCACCACAUCGCUAUAUAUUCCUUGGAAAACCAGAUUCUGGAAACGAGAUAGCAUUAGGCACCAACUGGAAGCCCGACAAAAAACCAAUCAGAUUCGCGUUAAACAAUCCGAGACCGAGACCGCGACCGAUAUUAAGACCGACGACUAAUCAUCCUCUGGAUAGGCAUGUCUUUAUAGAACGACCGACUGGAGGAUAUCCUGCGAUUAGGAAACCGACAUAUUCUGGACCACAGAGACCUCCGAUAAAUACGCAGCAUACUUUUGCAUUACCACAUCGCCCGUCAAUAAAUUCUCAGUCCUAUCAAGAAACUACUCGAAUGCCGCCUAAACUGUUCACUCUUCAAAAUGAAAAUCAUGAAAGACCGCCGCAUAUUUAUUCAGAUAAAGUACAUAAUAUCGCAACGCCCAAUUCACCAAUUGAACAGAACGAUAAUGUGCCUACUGGAGCAAUAGAAUAUCACAAUCCUUUACAUCCAAGUUCGAUGUUCGAUAACAAACAUUCUCAAGCAUCUACUACGAAAACACCAGAAGAUCAUUCUGAAAAAUGGCAAAUCGGAGGGACACCAUUGGAUACUGAUUCUGACAUCGGUGCCUCGGAAUAUAUCAAUUAUCAGAAUCAUUAUCAUGUAAAAGGAAACAAGAGCCAGGAAAAUGACAAUCAAAAUGAAAAGGAUAUGAUAGAUUCUACGUAUUCUCAAAGUAUCAAUCAAACUUUAAAACCACAAGCUCCAUACGGAACAGUUGGUUCCAUGAACAAACCGCUGGAAAUUGAGCAAGAACACGGAAUAAUUUAUAAACACGAAAUAAAACCAUUGUUGCAAGGACCUUUUGGUAUCGAUAUCUACAACACAAGACCUUACGAAUUACCUAUAGUACAGGGCAAGCCUUUCGGUGUUUAUAACAGUUACACAGUGGAUCAAGUCACUCCUUACGGUUACAAACGAAAAGAAAACAAGUCCGAUUAUGAAAUAGUUCACGGUAUACCCGCAGCUCAUAAUGAGAAUAUAAAACCGGUUAAGAAGAUGCAAGAUGGACAAGUCACAACAUUAAAUUCGCUCGAGCGCGACGAUACUAUUGAUCUGAAACCACCAGAUAGGCCAGGUAGACCGUAUUCUAGACCGAUUAGACCCGAUUCAAGGCCCGUUCUAUAUCUCAAGCCGGAAAUAUUGACGAAACCUCCGAUUAAAUUGGAAGUCAGACCCGAUUAUACUACAAAACGUCCAGAAAAUGUCAAACCAAACACCGCGGAAACUUUCAUCAAUCAGACAUUAAAUUAUGGAUUAAAAUUAAAUCACGAACUCCAGAAUUGGAACGCAGAUGUGCCUCCGAAUAUUGUAAAAUCUCAGCAGAAGAUAUCGACAGGACAUAAUUCUCGAAUUCCUGAGAUUAAAACAUUUGAGAAUAAAAAUGCCACUACACCUCGUCCGAGUACGAUCGGGAAUAAACGUCGGCCGGAUCAUGGAACGUACACAAGAAUACAUCCGGAAUAUCCUCAUAUUUUGACAAAACCGAAACCUCAAGUGCCACAACCGGUAAUCAUUUCGAGCGAUACGACAGGAUUGGAAACGCACGAUCGUCCGAACAUCAAGUUCUCCAUGUCCGUCGAGGCUACGGGCGAGGAAGUGGACAGCAAGACGCAAACCGAAAGACCGCCAAGCAUGCUAGUCACGAAGAAUAAUUUGCACAACAAAAACGACGAAACAUUGAAUACAGCGUAUCAAACGAACUUUGCCACGUCGGAUUCCCAGGAUAAGCGGGACGAGGUCAAGACAAGGCCAGUUAAUAACAAGGAAAUGAAUGUUCCCCACAGAAAUAUGAUGCCACCACCUUUGAAUACAGCAACCGAGCCGAAUAAAUCAAAUAAAAACGAACAGGAGGGACUUAAACCCCCGCCGCUGCCGACGCCAGUGUCGGGCGAUGUACUCGGAUUGUCCCCGCCACCAGUAGCCAUCACUACCACUAAUAUGCCGAUAGAGGAUAGAUUCGCUUUAGUGACAACUAACGAAUCGGGUCUGAAACCGCCCAAAUAUAUACCUCUAAAAGAACCGACGACGAUUGCACCGCCCCCACCUAGCACGAAUAUGGUUCCACCCAGUCCGAGACCGUCGCUCACAAGACCUUUCCUCGUAGAAUUACUGUCGCAGGAUAUGGUACCGCCACCACCGGUUUUAACAACGACAAGACCACUCGAGAUCGCUACCGUACGACCAGCCGUUGCGGUUUCCGGUUCUAUUCAAAUAGCGACUGCUGUUGCCACGUCUCAUAUUCCGGUGGUUCAGGAUAUUGAAUCAAAGAUACCAAUUAUUCACGGCACUGUUGACCUCCCAGUCGUAAUCGACGUUCCCGAUAUUCAUCGAUCCGCAGAAACACGGAUGACCGAACACAUUAGCGUUUACACCGUGCGACCUUUCGAUACAAGACCCGUGUCUAGAAAUUCCAUUCAAACAACAUCGACAUUGCCUACGAAUAUGGUAAUGCCAACAAAGCUAAGACCGCCUCAAAUCAAUUACAUUCAGCCGAGCAGAUCAUCGACGACUCAUCGCGAUGUUCAUCCGACGAGAUCCCAUAUAGUGGAUAUCCCUCCAAAUCCUGUUAAGCGACCUGAACAUCCAAUAUUCUUGGAAUCUAGCUACGAAAGCAUCUUACCGUCAACGAGAGUGGAACCUACCGAGUCUUUAACAUUCAUUAUAGGAACGGAUCAAAAGAAGCAACAACAUUCGACCGCAUCGAACAUCAAGACACAAAAACCGCAUGCAACCGAAUACAGCACAGUCAACAGAACAGCGAACGAAGAAUCAACGAUAAUUGUUACCAGGGUCGAUAGUUCGAUCACUAAAGUAACUAGUACAUUGAUACCAAUGCCAAAUAAUAAGACGCGUUCCGAAACAAGCGAUUCAGCUACGCAAUUCACAAAGAACAUUGAGAAAACUACAACUAGUGUCAUUGCCAAAGAAGAAUCCAACGUGACUGUACGUACAAAGCCAAAGGAGGUGACACGAUUCAAGACAUCGACGGUAACGAGAACUAAGACAUCAGUUCUGGGUUCACCACCAACAACGAGAACACUUCUGCUCACGCAUACGAUGACCACGACGACUGUGGAGACGGUGACAGAAACAUUGCUGCGUCCAACAAGCGUUGUGUCCACGGUAACUUCGACGAUCUUACAACCGAUCGUCACAAGAAUACCUUCUUCUUACGAUAACGUGGAUAAUGACUCUAUAUUUGUCGUAAUGAGCGAUCAGAAACCACCCGCGCCUGGAGCGGAAGAGGUGGAAGCUGAAUACGGAGAGGAAGUGUCUCGCGACGAACAGGAUCCGGCAGGCAAUGAAAUUCACAGAGUAUUGGCAGGCGGAGUACUAGGUGCGCCAUCGGUGCCUCUUGCACCUGUCGCGAAUCAAUGUACACCGGAAUGUAAAUCGUCCAAGUCGGAAAUUUGCGCCGAAAUAGGAACAGAGAUGAGAUGCGUUUGUCGGCCAGGAUUUGCGAGAAUGUUUCCGGAUCGGCCUUGCAAACCUACUUACACAUAUACUUUACGCGUUGGCCUGGAUCGCAUUGGUCAUGAAUUCGUGGCAUAUGAAACCGCCUUAAAUGAUUCCGCAUCGGCAACUUACAAACGUUUGGCGGUUCCGACGAAGGAAGCUCUAGACAGGACUUUAAUGCAGAGUGACUUAAGAGACGUGUACAGAGGACUCAAAAUCGCCGGAUUCACUCCGGAUCCAACAAAAGUCGAAUUUCACGUGCAGCUUAGCGAUAACGCUAAUGAGACCAGAUUGAAGGAAGUCCUACGGAAAUAUUUAAUUGCAAGCAAUUACAGUUUAGGUGGCACGGAAGUUUACGCUUCAAAGAAUCUUGAUUUGGUCGAGGCGAUCGAUUUUGAUGAAUGCGCUUCUAAGGAAAGUGGUCCACACCACGAUUGUUCACUUCAUGCGGCGUGCUUCAACUUACGAGGAUCCUAUCAAUGCUCUUGUAGAGAAGGUUGGGCUGAUCUGUCGGAAAAUCCAGCAUAUCCCGGAAGAAUAUGCUCGCAAGCUCCAUUGGGAUGCGCUGGCUGCAGCAACAAAGGUCAUUGCGUCACCAAUUCUCUCGGUCAAGAAGUGUGCGAAUGCUUCCCUUGGCACAGCGGCCAACGUUGUCAAGUUAAUCUCAAAGUUUUGUUGAUAGCUCUGGUGACGACUGGAGCGAUUCUGUUGGGUCUCCUAGCAAUUUGUCUGGGAAUGACGUGCUUCCGGCACCCAGGGCGCGAUCGAAAGACCGGCGACAGACGAGCAAUGAUUCCCGGAACAGGUGGCGAUACAAGUAGCGAGGGUAGCGUGACUGACUUGGCCAUACCGCAUCAUGUACCGCAUAUUUUACCACCGCCGCCGCAAAUGAUAGCGCCAUUGCCGCCAAAUAAGCGACCAGUUCGUAAGAUUAGCGCAAAGCCUCGUCAACCGCCCAGAAAAGCUACCAUGAUACCUGCAGCUGCAAUACCAAUGAAUGACGAUCAGCGCGAUCGCUCUUUGACGGUAAUGAUACCGCGCGCUAAAUACCGAUCGGCACCGCAGUCGCCGCAAAAUUACAAGGUUGGCAUGAGCACAUUCGCCACCGAGGAACACAAACUCAUAAAUUACCUCGACAAUGGUGCGAACUGUCCGGGAAAUAGAAAACCAAGUAUAUCCAGCAUGAAGGAUUGCAAGGAGGCCGAUCUGCAGGGAACAAGAAAUCCGGUGACGCCCACAGGCGCUCUCGUCAGUGCCGGUUUUCAGGUAUCAGCGACGGUGACCCGUACGGUGGACGCUGAAUCCACCUUGGCACGUUCCUGCGGAGAAACGACUGUAGAACCAGCGACUAAGGUAUUGAGGAGCGCGGACCUUCAAGUCGACCUCGACUCAACUCUAGCGCGUUCGUGCGGCGAGACAACCAUCCAGGCUCCAACCAAGCUCCUUAGAUUGGAUCUGGGCGAAGCUGGUUCGACCCUGGCGAGAUCUUGCGGCGAAACGACGAUCCAGCCGUCGACAAAAGUCGCCGCCGCGCGAAGGAACAGCGUCAAGGACUCUAGAGAUAACAGGGAUACCAGAGACAGCGCCAGCGAAGGUCACACCAUGGCUGAGCGAGACUUAGGCAGCACCCUGCGACUUCCGGCGCAGCAUCCGCCGUUGUACAGUCCAGAUAGGACUAGCGAUCGGGAGUCCAACUUUGAUUCGCUGUAGACGUUUUCAAACGAGAACGAGUCACGAUGUGAAGAUUGAUCGCGAACAGAGCCGCUGGACGGCGUUCUUUGUAAAUUUAUUAAUCAUCCUUUAUCGAAAUUUGCCAUUAUUGAAAGUGCGAAGGAUAUAUGUAUCCGUAACUUCUUCUAAUUUAUAUAUUAUAUUGCGCUCGCUACACCAAUUCUAUCUUAUUUUUUACAGUUACGGUAUCAUAGAAAUCUACUUAUGUAAGUCUAGGUACACAUUUAUUUAUUUUAUAUUUUUAUUUACUUGUAAUAAUUUGAUAUUAUAUAUAUUGAUACAAAAAAUUCAAAAUUAAUGAGUAAUUCUCAUUAAUCUUUUGAAAUUACAACUUGAUCGACGAAUGCGUCUUAAAUGAAAAUCUUGCGCGUAACUUUGCAAAGAUGAAAGAUGAGCACACGUGACUCAACCCCGUGCCAAAAUACAACCAAUGAAAUAAGGAAGGCUCCUCGAAGAAGUUCCUUCUUGUCUUCCUCUUAAAUGUCGUUUUCGAAAUCGAGCAACUCGUCGCUGCAGACGAUUGAAAUAUUUUAUUUCACCAGAAUUUAUCGCAUUAUACAUAUGUAUAAUAAUUCGACUGAUUGGUAGGCUUCAAGUCAAGCCAUUAAAAACGUUGAACAUAUCGCCAAAGCUUUUAUCGAAAUAUACAAGUAAUAUUAAUUAAAGCUGGAGAAAAUAAUAUUUCGAUCGACGCAGCUUACCGUGUGUCAAGCAUGGUGCAAAGUGUCAUAAAUAAUGGAUGGCGCCAAGCCGUCGUGCAAACAGCACGACGAGAAAGCUCGAUGUGUACAUUAAACACGAAAGGAGAAUAUUUUUUUUUUAUUAUUGUUGUUAUUGUUUGUUUGUUUAGUCUAUUCUCCGACGAAACGUGUUAUGUUGCCCGGCUUCGUUACAAGGCUCUUUUUCGGAACGAUUUAAGUUCGCGAUCGAGAAAAGGCAUCGCUCGAAUGUAAAUUAUCUAUGUAAUACUAUUAACAUAUAUGCUGAAUAUUUUUUGAUACCUCCCCUCCUUUUAUAAUUAUAUAUUUAUAUCAAAUAUAAAUGUUAUAAUUUUAAUGUAUAUUUAUAUCAAAUAUAAAUGUUAUAAUUUUGUGCAUAUCCAACAUCAGGAGCAAUAUUGGCGAACAUAAAUCCAGCACCUCAAGAAAUAUGUAAAUUAAGAGAGCAGCAUUUUAGUGUUUUACAUUCGAGAAAAACGUGCUAUUAUUUCGGUUCGAAGUCGAGGGACGAAGCCGCGGCAACGUCGUUGUAUGAAACUCGAAUGAGACGCAUUACGAUGUAUUUACCGUUAGCUCAAUAGAGAUGAUAGCGUAAGCAAAAAAGUGUAACGAAAGACAGGUGUAUCAUGCGCGCGUCACGAUUUACCCGUAAAAAUCCACGUUUCGUCGAAAAAGAUUGUCCCGUACGUGGCGAAUUAAAUUCUGCCGAUUUAAGAAACGAAAAAUGACGAUGCUCGUAUCUUAAGUUUUGUUACUAACUUUGUCCCCCCCUCUCUCUUUCUACAAUCCAAAUAAAACUUCCAUUUAUACGUACACAUAUACAUAUACAUAGAGAUAUUAUAUACGUAUAUAUAUAGAUACAUUAUCCUGUCUGUUGUACAUAAACUCUCCUCCGAAGCCUCUUCUACAUAAUGCUAUCGUAAUUUUGUAUACUUAGCGCAUGUACACUUAUACGUACUUAAAUAAAAGUCAAUAAUAUAAUGGCAUGUCUUAAAAACGUACCUGUCUGACAUACUCAAGAAAUUAUAAUCAACUUAAAGUACUUAAGUUGACUCGAUAACAAUAUUUUUUUUUGCACGCAAGUUAUAUUAUCCGCAUUAUGCAUUAUUAUUGUAACUGCGAAAUCUAUCACUAAGAUUUCACUGCGCAAAUUAUUUCUUAACCCCGAUCUUCCUUCUAACUUUCAAUUAUCCGUAUAAACUUUUCAGUUUCGUAAUAAUUGUAACGUUUAGAAUGCUCUAAAUAUAACACUAAAUUUUUUCAAGUUUAUUUGCAAAAUGGAGUUAGAAUUAUUUUGAAAAAUAUCACUAACGAGAAGGACGAGCUCAAAAAAAAAAAAAUAGAUUAUGCAAGGAAAAUAUACGCCAGAGUAAACAGAAUGAUAAAUAGAAACAAAGAAAUAAUGAGAUAAAAAAUGAUUAAGCAAAAAAAUGCUAUGUUACGGAUUAAUCUAUAAUCAUUGUAGAAACUAUCAUUUUUUACUAUAUAAUAGGCAUACUCGAUAUAAGCUUCUAAAACAUUUUUAUUAAAACAUUUUAUGUGUAAA